AUGGUGCCCCAAUUCACGUUCUUGACGGUCACAAACCCUGCUCUAGGAGAGGCCAACACCAAGCGUAUGCGGGCGCAUGUCACCCGUAAGAACUUCGAAAAACGGCGAGGGCAACUAGAAAAUGCGAGACGUGGGAACAAGGUCUUGCAAACUAAAACGGAAUUAAUGGAUGCAGUGAUAUUAGAGUCGGAGAAAUCCGUGAUGAGGCACUGUGCCUUGAAUCCGUAUAUGGUACUUGUGGAAUCCGAUUAUAUUACUAUCCAUCAAUUAUUUCGCUACUUCAGACCUUUACUUCUCACCCUAACGUCAGACAAAGCGACCUUGCUCCGGGAACGAUCCUGGGUUCAAUUGAAUUUUUCCGAACCGGCUCUUCUGGAAGCCUCCCUGGCAUGGGCGGCUUUAUAUCAUGGCUUGAAUGGCUCAGGAUCUGCUAUUAAUGCUGACGAGCACCAAGCUAAGGCUAUCAAUAUCAUAAAUACUAGAUUGAAUGAUCCUGCAACAGCAGUAACUGACGGAGUACUUGGAGCGGUAUACACCCUGGCAUACUGCGAGCGGCUAGCCAAAAGAGAAACAGGAUUUGAGAUUCAUAUGGCUGGCUUCAGACACAUGAUACAGUACAGAAUAGGACGGAAAGACCCAUAUGAUGAUCUGUCCUGGUUCUCGGAACUGCUCAUUUCAGACGAUGACAUGCCAUCCCAGACAAGCGCAAAAGCGCUGCAUUCGUUCUUCCCAGAUUCCAUCUCGAAAACGCUCGAGGCUAUAUCUCAAGACCUAAACGAUAUGCACACCGCAAUUGAAUACUCAAAGAGAUAUAAUCUAGCGGACCCUUUCGUCGUCAAGGAAAUCGAUCAUCGCAUACUGAGCAUACGAAACAAAGCCGACAUGCUGCAGGGUAAAUUGCGAUAUACCGAUGCUCUCGCCCAGGCUAUCCGCAUAUUCCUCUAUCUAUCGUGUGAUCGCCUUGCUAUCACCUCGCCUGCCGACCUCACUAUGCUAGCUUCUGACCUAAAGAACAUUCUCAGCGAGCCGGACACUCGUCUCUGUUCAUCAUUCGAGUUUACGGUUUGGCAACUAUUUGUUGGCAGUGUGGCGACGACGGCAGACUCUGAGACUGGGGCCUGGUUUAGAACAACGCUCUGGAGGUUGGCGCGCGCGUUCGUCCUGAGGGAGUGGAGUGGCUUCUUGGUUAUUUUGGAAAGAGCUUUUAUGCCUCCGUCUCAGCUGUUGGGGAGUUUCAGACUGGUCUGGGAGGAAGUAUUGGAGAAUCAGAGUUUUCAUGUUUAA